UCAGAAGUGGGAUCUGGGAUUGCCAGGUCCACGGGCUAAACGCCUGGGGCCCGAAACCCAGAUUCCAGGGCGCCCCUAUUCGACCUCCGCCCGACGUCCAUGACCAUUCUCCUCAUCGCCAUCUUUGCAGCCAUCACCGACCUACUGAUCUUCCGACCCACACCUUUUUGGGUCUUUCCACCAUCAACUCCUCUUCUUCUGACUCCCCCAACUCAACCAGACCCGGCAGAUGAUCCUCCCCCGUACCGGACGGCAAAAAACCCACUCACCCCUCCUUCUACACCAUCCGACUCCUCCCCUCCUCCGGAAUCUCCUACCCCUCCCAUUUCUUCUGACUCAGACCACCCCACCCUAUGCCCCGCCUCCCUUCCUUCGCCUCCUGGCCUUUGUGCCUCACCUGACUCUCUUCAAUAAAGAUCUCCUGCCGGACCUCUCAUUGCGUGAGUGACCUGAUUGGGAGGGGGCACCUGAAGGGACAUGCGUGACCCCUUUCAGUGGGUGUCCCCUGAGAUAAGAAAGUGAUUAAAAAAAAAGUGAUUAAGACAAAGUUUGAUAACAGGAGUGGUGCCAUUACUGUGACUAUUACCUGAUCAUAUGGUUUAGAAGCCUUUGGAACUGGUUUGUGAGGAGUUGGAAACAUUCAGAAAUGCCAGCUGGAGAAGCAGAACUAGGAAUGCUGUAAACAUAGCUUGAAGGGUUAUUCUGGUCAGAACUCAGAAGACCAGAAUGCUAAUAAAAAUGCAGAUGGUAAAAACCAGAUUAAGGAGGUUCCCGUUUGGAAAAAGGACUCCAUUUACAGGUGAACUCCAGGCCAUGUGUUUUAUGGUAUGGCAGAAAAUUUGUGUGCACUUUGCUCAUGUCUUGACU